AUGAACGGUUCUAUCAUUCAGAUUACCAAAAGAUUCCUUGCUGUUUCACUGGCCAAGCCAACACAGCCCAAAAAUUCUAUCCCAUCCAGCUUUAGAAUUAAUGCAUUUGCCGUCUUUACGAAAGAGCAACAUGCUGAAAAUCCUGACUACAACAAGCUAGGUAUCUCAGAAGCUGCUAAGCGUAUUUCCUCGAAAUGGAAGAGCCUCAGUGAGGAAGAGAAAAGGAACUUCACGGAAAGAUGCAGAGUUCUUGCUGAGAAGAAGAAGGCAGAGUUCGAACAACUUCCAGAAGAUAAGAAAAACGAAAUUCUCAAAACUCUUCAACAGGAAAAGGAGUUGCGAGUAAAACGCAAAUUAAAAAAAGAGAAGCUUGAGAUGUGGGAGAGAACGAAUCGACCCACACAACCAACCAAUAGUUAUUCUUUGUUCUUAAAAGAUGAGUUUGCAAAAAAAAAAGCAGCGGGCGAGAAAGUUCACCCUGUCAAAGACUUAGUUGUAGAUAUCAAAAAUAAAUGGAUGACUCUCUCAGCCGAAGAAAAAGAUAAAUAUGUGACUAAAGCGAAUGAGCUCAAAACAGCGUACCAAAAGGACAUCGAACUGUGGAAAAAGAACAAUGUUGAUACCAAAUCAACUUAA